AUGUCCCAUACCCCGGAGCAACAGUUCGAAGAACUAACCAAAUCCUCUAAUGCCUCAAGUUGUGAGGUACUUGCUGUGUUUGAUCAACUCAAACCCAUCAAGCCAGACAAAAUUACUGGAUUCUGGAAUGGCAAGAGUGUUAAAACCGGCCACCCAACCGAGAAUAAACUCACAUCCAUGAGCUGGGCCGGUAAGACAUUCCGUUCCACCGAGGAUGUUGAUCCUAUCAUAAUUCAUAACGAACAUGACGCGAAGGUGUGGAAUGCGAAUUGGGGACAUGCUAGGCUCCGACAGAUUGAGUGGCGUGGUGUUCUUUCGGCAGCUAUGGUUUAUGAUGACUUUCCCAUCAUAGAUUAUUUCCGAUAUGUCAACGAUGAAAUGAUUGCAGGUGCGAUGGAUGCAAAAACUUCAAAUGCGGGAACUUUUUACUUCUGUCUCUACAAGUGA